AAUUAAUUAAGGAAUUCAUAGGAUGUGGCACAGCACAGAUAAUAGCUUUAUUGCAUCUCCUGGAGGUUAGCAUCCAAAAUUUAGAAAUGUAAAAAGCACUUUUUAUUCAAACUCCUUCUUUAACAGACUGUUUCUGUGUUGUUAAUAGAAAUAGAGAGGCUUUGAAAUGAUUUUUAAUAUGCAGCUACAUGAAACAUGUCAGUGGUGCAGCUCACCCUCAGGCAGAAUUUACAGACACAGCGAUGCAAUGUUUAUAGAAACAGAGCACGAGGCAGUAUUUAUAGAAUCCACAUUGCUUUGAGUCUGUUGUCACAUGCAAUAUUCAAUGGAGGACACAACAUGAAUCAAUAUUAAAUGCAACAAUCAUGCAUUUCACUUAUACUUUCCUAUUUGUAAAUGGAAUGUGUCACUUCUGAGUUCCUUGAAUUCAACAUUCAAGUCAGUGGACUUCAGUGGAUUUGCUGAAUCACUGAGCAGGUGGUACGUAAUGCACCGGUCAUUGGCUCCCAUGCCGUUGCACUGGCAAGGUCCAGGGGGGUCAAAUGAAAUAUCACAUAACACCCCCCUGAAAUAGCCCUGUAUACACAAACAACCUCCACAAGUGCUUUAUUCCUCCUGGAGAAAUCAAGUUUAAAAAGAAUCAAGCUGGUCGGCUCCAUUAUGGCUUAUGUGGCUCCUCCGGUUAAGUGGCACAAAACUAAGUCCUACCGCAGUGACGUGAUCGCCACAGCCAAAGCCACAGGUUGUAUCCUGCAGUUCUGGAACUCUCUACUCGUGGGCGAUGAGCUGACGAUUCUCAGUAUCGUGGACGAUGACGAGUACGACCACCUCAUUGAUGCUGUUUAUGACACCCGCAACAUAGAGGAAUGGAAGAACUUCAGAUUUAACUACAGAGGCCUGAGACUGUGGUCGCUGACCUACGAGCAGGAACUGACCACGCCGCUUCACAUCACAGCUGGUCGAGGGUUCACUGACUGCCUGAAACUACUGCUGCAGCGUGGGGCCAACGUAGACCUAGCGCCCGGCGGCACGACUGCUCUGCACGAGUCCUGUGAAAACUGCCAGCCGGAGUGCACCAAACUGCUGCUCAUCCACGGCGCUAACGCCAACGCUGUCUCCGACGAUGGUCUCAUGCCUCUGCACAUUUGCACAACCUCAGAAUCUCUCGAAUGUGCCAAAUAUCUCCUUCAGUACGGUGCAGCAAUCAAUGGACGCAGUCUGGAAGAAGAAAACACUCCCUUACAUGUGGCAGCCAGGUUCGGCCUCUCCGACCACACUGAGCUCUACCUGCGCUACGGAGCAGCUGUGGACAAACAGAACGAGGAGGGUCUCACGCCCCUGAACGCUGCUUGUUCUCAGCCCCAGGAGGAGCAGGACCUCAAGCGUUACUUCGAGGUGUGCCAGAUGCUGCAGGGAGCCGGGGCUGACGUCCACACGAUGGACCAGGACAAACGCAGUCCUUUGCACAUGGCCUGCAAGCAUGCAAAUCCAGACAUAGUUGAUCUGCUCCUGGCCAACGGGGCCUGCGUUAACGACAUGGACUACGGUGGUGAGGCCCCCAUGCACAACAUCCUGAAGGUGGUGUGCUACAAGCUUUCCCAUGAGCCCGAGAGGAUCGUCCGCGCUCUGCUCAACCACGGUUCUAUUCGGGUGUGGCCUGGAGCUCUGCCCUUGGUUCUGAAGCACUGCUGCCAAUCUCCACGCACCAUCGAGGUCCUUCUGAACGCCUACAGCCGCCUCAAAGUCACUGACACCUGGGUUGAGUCUGUUUCUACAGAGGUGUUAAAGGGGCACAAGGACUUCUAUGAGUCCCUCUUCUCCUUGGCGCUGACCCCCCGCUCCCUGCAGCACUUUGCACGCUGCAGACUCAGGACCUUCCUGGAGGGCCGAGUGCACAGGGUGGUCCCCAAACUUGACCUCCCCACCUUCAUCAAGAACUACCUGCUCCUGGAGUACAGAGGCUACGUGCACUGAGAGGAGAGAAGCUCUGUGUUAGAGUUCCAGCUGCUGAGGCUGCUGAGAAGAGCGGGGGCAUUCACAAAAGCAUUAAACUCACUCAUCACUAGAAACUACAGCAUCAAUACUCAAUAAUUAUUUCUGUGCCAUGUGAGCAGCUGCUUGUUUGUCUCACCUUUAUUCCAGAUCAGCCUUUCAGCACAGCUACGUGUUUCACUUUGCACCAGAAGAGGGAGCUAUAGCCUUGAGUUGACUGUAACGAGCAUGCAACUGUUUUAUAUUUUAUUUAUUGUGUGAUCACAAUUUUUUUUGUUUUUACUUCUGCUCUUGAUAGUAAGGAGACUAACAUGCUUUUAUUUUAUACAUAUAAUUAAUAUAGUUUAAUGCUAAUACACAGAGUAAUGAUGUGUUUUUAAAUGGGGGACUGGCAUCAAAUAUUUGCAUAAAUAAUUAUUGUUAUCACCACCGAUAUGAUUGUGAUUGUGGUGUUUUGUAUCAAAGUAAGGAAGGCCAUGCAGGUUUAAAAUAAAAUAUUCCAUCCUGACUAAA